AUGUCAGCCGAGCAGUCUAUCCCUCAAAUAGAGCUUGCAUCCCGUUCUCAAAACCCGGUCAACCAUCCGCCUACGACUCCUUCUCCCCUCCGAACAUCCGACUCUCAAGCAUCGACCCAUCCCUACACUUCACAAUCUUCCAACAGACCAAACCCCUUUUCAGAAUCAUUUUACAUUUCUAUGCCCGAAGAAAUAACCCGGUCUGACUCGCAGUCGUCGAUGUGGUUCGGUAUUCCUGCCUUGAAUCGACGUCCCUCAAUUGGCGAGGAAGAUGUGUGUUAUCCAUUGAGAGCAGAAGGGGAUGGGAUUGAUUAUAAAGCCCUUGAACAUUACACCAAAGUAGAAAACAACGAAGAGGACCUUGACUAUGUGAGCGAAUAUAAUGAAAAGGAUAUGGAUAUGGCGAUAGUUGACACUUCGAAAGAGAAUGAUUCGGCUAAGAAUGAUUUGGGUGUGAAGGGAUUGUAUCAAUUUGACACAAAUACCGAGGCCAGCGAUCUGAAAGAAGAAUACCGGUAUACUUUCUACUCGACUGCUUCCGGUACAAGACGUGCAAAGACGCUUGGAUCAUUACCACCAAAGGGCACCUCUAUUACUGACUUGCUGAAACAGAACAACUUCUGGAUCGAUAUUCUUUCGCCCACUGAUUCUGAAAUGCGGGCGUUGAGUAAAAUAUUUCAAAUCCACCCCUUGACUAUGGAGGAUAUUUGUGCACAAGAAUCACGUGAGAAGUGUGAACUGUUUCGAAAUUAUUACUUUGUUUGUUUCAGAACGUUCGAGAUGCGAACUCAACAUGACACACGAUUGGAGGCCGUGAGCAUGUAUAAUAUAGUGAUGAGAGAAGGCAUAUUGACUUUUCAUUACAGGCCUACACCACACUCUCACAACGUCAGAAAUAGAAUAAAGGCAUUAAAGGAUUUUCUCACUGUUACACCAGACUGGAUAAAUUAUGCUAUCAUAGAUGAUAUCACAGAUUCUUUCGCUCCAGUUAUUCUUCGUGUCGAAUCUGAAGUUGAUACCAUCGACGACUUGGUUCUAGCUCUUAGGACCAGAGACACAUCUGAUAUGCUGCUGAGAAUUGGUAUCUGCAGGAAGAAGGUUAACAGCCUACUAAGAUUGGUGGGUUUAAAGAUCGAUGUCAUCAAGGGUCUUACUAAGAGAUUCCAUGAAAGAAUGGCUGCCAAUGGUACCAUGAAAGGCGGACCAACGGACGUCACCUUGUAUCUGGGCGAUAUUCAAGAUCAUAUUAUAACCAUGCUCCAGAGUCUGUAUCAUUGUGAGAAGAUUCUCGCCAGAUCUCACUCUAAUUACCUUGCUCAGACGUCCGUUGAACUUACUCAACUGUCGAACAAAGCAAACGACGCGAUAUCCAGACUUACUGUAAUUGCCACUAUAAUAGUGCCCAUGAACAUAGUCACUGGUCUAUGGGGAAUGAAUGUGAAAGUGCCUGGUCGAGAAGAAGACGAUCUCAAGUGGUUUGCCGGGAUAGUGGUCUCGCUAGUAUUAUUUGGACUUAUAUUUCUACUUGUCGUCAAAAGAGCCGGGCUCAUCUAA